AUGGCGUUUGCCGCCAGACUACCACUCCCCUUCAGCUCAACCCCUGUGAAGACCCCUCGCCAGCAGGAGCUAGAAGAGGAGGAUGAGCCUGCUCUGGAGGGCAGCUCUUCACCAGCUGCGCCUGAAGACCUGGAUAGCACUUAUGAUCCACUAAAGUCUGUCCUAGAUGUGACUGCGUCGUCAGACAUUUCAGAAUUGGCUUCCACUCCAAUCCCUAAAGUUAACAAGUUCAUUGUUUAUGAGACCUGCAUUAUGGAGCUUUUUGAGGUAUGCCCUGACUGCAAGCAUCCAUGCACUAUUCAAACCAGACGGCUGGGGACAUUCAUUUCUGUGGCGCAGCAGUGCAACAAUUGUGAGUACCAGCGGACUUGGAACAGCCAGCCACUCCUCAAGAGCACACCAGCCGGCAACAUUCAGCUCUCUGCGGCUAUCUAUCUAAGUGGAGCUUCAUAUUUUAAGAUUAAAAGGGUCUUCCGGGCUUUGCACCUGCAAAUGUUUGAAUAUGACACCUUUCGUCGACAUGCACGUUCUUAUAUCGAACCGGCCAUUGUGACGAAGUGGAAGGAAACCCAGGAUGCCAUGAUGCUGCGCCUCAGGGAGGGAAGGGCCAUAGUCGGUGGUGAUAUGCGUGCAGAUUCUCCAGGCCACUCUGCGAAAUUUGGUAGCUACUCACUGAUGGAUCUGAACACAAACACUGUGAUCGAUGUCCAGUUGGUUCAGAGCAACGAGGUAGGAGGAAGCUACCAUAUGGAGCUGGCGGGCCUGAAGAGAAGCCUUGAGUUGUUGGAAAAGCAGAAUGUGACACUGGACUGCAUAGUGACAGACAGACACCCGCAGAUACAGAAGUUCUUGAGGGAAUCUGGCAUCACCCAGUACUAUGAUGUUUGGCACGUGGUGAAAGGAAUUUCUAAGAAGCUGGACAGCAUAAGCAAAAAAAAGGGUUGCCAGUCACUUAAAAAGUGGAUACCAGCCGUUAGGAACCACACCUACUGGACUGCAGCAACAUCCACAACAGGACCGGAGAGACGGGCUAAAUGGACCUCCCUCCUCAAUCAUGUUUGUGAUGUCCACACACACGACGACCCCCUUUUCCCUGCCUGUCUACAUGCUGUUCGUGACACUACUGACAAGUCCAAGUGGCUGAGAGCAGGCACUCAAGCGUUCUAUGAGCUGGACAAGAUGGCGUCAAAGACGAGACUCCUCAACGACAUUGCAAAGCUUAGUCCGCACCACCAGACUUCUGCUUUGGAGUCCUUCCACAGCGUCAUCCUACAGUUUGCCCCAAAGAGUGUUGUGUUCCCAUUCCUUGGGAUGCUUUGCAGGCUGUACCUGGCAGCCUUCCACUACAACGAGAACGCUGAACGAGACCAGGCCACCGCAUCCUCUGGGGAGCCCCUCUACAGGAUGCAUUACCCCAAGGCCUUGAAGGGAGAGGCCAGAGUGAAGCCCAUAAAAACUGACCCAACAUUUGGAUAUGUUGAAGACUUGAUCAGCCUCAUCAUGGGUCCUGUCUUCGAUAACUCGGAACCAUACAGGGAGGCAAUCACGAAAAUAAACAUUCCCCCAGACCUGUCUGCAGACUAUGAUCACCCUGAGAAGAAGGCGGUGAUCGCCAACUACGUCUCCCUCUUCAACCCAGGGCAAGCGCAGGCGGAGGCACAGGUGCAGGCGCCGGUGCAGGCGGAGGAGGAGUCCGGCAGGCCCCCAGACGACCGCGACGCGGCAGCUAGGACCCCUCCAGCUAUCCCUCUCAUCUAG